UGAACGUGCGAAAAGUAAUCGCGACGGAAAUGUUUCGUUGGAUAUUGGAUUGAAGUUGGUUGAUUAAACUAUUUGUGAAAAAUUAAAAAAGUAAUAAUAGUGCUUUUUUUACAAGUUUCUAUUCAAUUUCCUCAAAGUACCAAGUGUCCACUCGUAUUGGUGGUACUAAAUAAUAGUUCUGUUUUUCUUCGAAUUAUUUGAAACAAACGAAAUUAGUGACGAAAUGGAAAAAAUUAAACUCGACGAAUUAAAUUUCAAAAAGAUUGCCAUAAUCUGUGCUUGUACCUUAGUUGGUGGAUUAGUGUUCAGCUUUGGGUUAUUUCCAGUAAUUCUCAAAUUUAUGGUGAAACAGAACGUGUUGCUGAAACCGGGCACCCAGAUGCGAGGCAUGUUCGAAGAACUUCCGUUUCCCCUCGAUUUCAAGUUGUACCUGUUCGAUGUGAUCAAUCCAGACGAAGUCAUGAAGGGCGGUAAGCCACACGUGCGGGAGAUAGGUCCUUAUUAUUUCGAGGAAUGGAAAGUGAAGUACGACACCGAGGACAACAUCGAGGACGACACGCUGACUUUCACGCUACGGAAUACAUGGAUUUUUCGGCCGGACGUUUCCGCCCCUCUAACGGGGGACGAAAUCAUUACCCUUCCCCAUCCACUGGUUUUGGGAGCUUUGCUGAUGGUUCAGCGAGAUCGGGAAGCAAUGAUGCCAUUGGUUUCGAAAGGGAUGAACAUUAUUAUGGACCCACUGACGACGGGAUUUCUGACGACUCGAGUCAUGGAUCUGCUGUUCGACGGAAUUUUGAUCGAUUGCAGUAGUCACGAAUUUUCAGCAAAGGCACUUUGUUCGGGAUUGGAAUCGGAAGGGGCAGUGUCGCCUUAUAACGAGACGCAUUUCAUGUUUUCGCUGUUUGGGAUGAGAAACGCAACUGAUGCAGGUCGAUGGUCAGUGUAUCGAGGGGUCAAGAAUAUAAAGGAUCUUGGACGGGUGGUGACUUAUAAUGGUGAAACCGAAAUGGAUAUGUACGACGGUGACGAGUGUAAUAAAUUUGUGGGGACGGAUUCGACCAUUUUUCCUCCAUUUCUGACGACUAAGGAUAAGCUGUGGGCUUGGUCACCGGAGAUUUGUCGCUCGAUGGGAGCGUACUAUUUCGGGAAAUCCAAAUACGCCGGUCUGCCGAUGAGUUUCUUCAAGUUGGAUUUCGGUGAUUUGAAGAACGAACCGGAACAUCACUGCUUUUGUCGAGAUCCGCCGGACGACUGUCCACCAAAGGGAACAAUGGAUUUGAGCCCCUGCUUAGGGGCACCUUUUAUCGGUUCGAAACCGCAUUUCUACGAUGCUGAUCCGGCACUGUUGGCUGCCGUUGAUGGAUUGACGCCCAAUGAGAAGGACCACGACAUGUACAUCCAUUUUGAGUUGCUUUCAGGAACACCAGUUUCGGCUGCCAAGCGCUUGCAGUUUAGUAUGGAACUUGAACCAGUUCGGGAUCAUCCGGUGCUCGGAAAUCUUCCGAAUGUUAUCUUGCCACUCUUUUGGGCCGAAGAAGGUGCCUCGCUCAACAAGACAUGGACUAAUCAGCUCAAAUAUCAGCUAUUCCUCGGCCUCAAGUUCAACGCCACCGUCAAAUGGUUAACAAUUAUAAUCGGAACAGUCGGAACCAUCGCUGCCAUGUUUAUGCAUUUCAAGCGAGGGAACAAAAUGGGUAAUGUUACUCCGGUGGAAGCCGUCACAAAUGGUUCGGCCAAAGGGAGCGGAUCCGGCGGCAUGGGGGCCAACAAUAGGAACGGCUCGCCCACGCGGCCGGUUGUUCCGACCACAAAGGAUUUGGUUAUUGUCAACAAUGGGCGUAACUUGCCAAAUGUUAUUGAUGGUUUGGAAAAACCGCAUAAGGUGGUGCUGACCGAAAUGUCGCAGGAACGAUACUGAGGUUUUUCGAAAAAGUGUUGAACAAUUUUCAAUUUGUGUAAAUUAGUUGCAUAAAUCAAUAGCACGAAGAAUCAACAGUGUGAGUAGAACUAUACAAUUGUUCAACAAAAAAGAUACAAAUAUUUGAAAAAUUAGUGGAUUGCGUUAGUCUAAAAUAUAGAAUUCUGAUUAAUACUGAUAAUGUA